AUGGAAUUCGAUACAGAAGAAUUAAGUAGAUUUAUUCUAUAUUUAUUUACUGGACAUCCCAUGGAUGUUGAAGAUAGUGAUAUAGAAGAGGUGGAUGUUAGUGAUUUACCUAAUAUAGAUCGACUAGAAACACGGAACAAUAUCGAUCAUCAUAAUAAUAAUGAUGAUGAUGAUGAUGAAGAUGAUGAAGUUAAUAGAAAGCACUAUUUCUUUAUUGUAUUCAAUAACCCAAAAUUGUCAAAACUUUUGAAAACAAAAGUAUUAAAGAAACCAGGCAAUAUAAAUCAAGAAGGUCAACGACAAGUGCAUGGAGAACACAGUGGGCUAGCUCGACCAGCACGAAAACCAAUAACACAACAAGGAGAAAAAGAAAUGGAUUUAAAUCUACAUUUCAGUGGUAAAAUAGAAACACUCAUUAAUGCAUUCAUGAAACAUCAAACGCCACCAUUUUCAAGAAAAUAUAUUCUCGAUUUAGCCCACCGAUAG